UGUGCUGUCUCUCUCUGUCUUGCAAAAAUGAAUAAACAUAAAAAGUUGAAAAAGGAUGAGAAAAGUGGUGUGGCACUUAAAAAAAAUACCAGUGAAAAGAAUGAAUUUCUUGAAUAUGGGGAAAAUACUAACAGCCAAACUUCCCAGGAUACCGUAGAACACCUGGAAAAGACUUUUGAAGAAAAGUGACCUUCAUGUACUAUUUCUAGCAUUCUAUGUUUUGCCAUGAAGUAAAUUCUAGUUUGCGUGGCUCGAAAUUAUAAUGCAAGAGGCUUACUCUGGGCAAUAGUGAAUGACACUUGGGGGCAGUGUUCUCACUUAGUUUUCUUUUUCUGCCAAUUGUCCUGAAGUCUAAGGGUUUGGUUUUUUUUUUGUCAGUUUCUGAAUCGAAACUAAAUUUUCAUUUCUCAGCUAGGUAAGAUUGUAUUGUUUGUUGGUUAAUCGUGUAUAGUGCCUGCCAGAUGGAGUCAUAUAGCUUCUGAUUUUUGUUAGUCCCUAAAGGUUUGGGGAAAUUCACAAGGGUGAUCUUAUCUAACGAGUGAUGACUCCCCCAAGGCAAAUUGGGUGUUCUCCUAGAGCUUCCAUGGAAACAAGAAUGUACAAAGAUUCUGACAUAGUGACCCUACAGCUCCACUGCUAAGUAUAUACCCAAGAGACAUGGAAACAUGUUCACAUAAAAACCUGUCCAUGAACGUUCAGAGCAGCAUUAUUCAUAAUAGCAAACUGGAAACAACCCGAGUAUCCAGCAACUGAUAAACAGGUGCUGCCACAUCUGCAAACUUCCUGGAAGAGUGAUGGGGAUUCGAGUGCUUCGUUUCUCUUUGGUGGCCAUCCUUGUGCUGCUGCUGGUAGCUGGGGCUCUGACCACUUUACUUCCAAAUAUUAAAGAAGACAAGAUGCUCACUCUGCGUAGGGAAAUAAAAUCCCCGGGCAAGUCCACCCUGGAUUCCUUUACUCUGAUAAUGCAGACAUACAACAGAACAGACCUCUUACUGAGACUUCUAAAUCAUUAUCAGGCAGUGCCACACCUGCAUAAAGUGAUCGUGGUAUGGAACAACAUUGGGGAGAAGGGACCGGAUGAGUUAUGGAAUUCUCUAGGGCCUCACCCCAUCCCUGUGAUCUUCAAACUACAGACAACAAACAGGAUGAGAAAUCGACUCCAGGUCUUUCCUGAACUGGAAACCAAUGCUGUGUUAAUGGUAGAUGAUGACACACUAAUUAGUGCCCAAGACCUUGUCUUUGCUUUCUCGGUUUGGCAGCAAUUUCCUGAUCAAAUUGUAGGAUUUGUUCCUAGAAAGCAUGUCUCUACUUCAUCAGGUAUCUACAGUUAUGGAGGUUUUGAACUGCAAACACCGGGGUUUGGAAAUGGUGACCAGUACUCUUUGGUGCUGAUUGGAGCCUCAUUCUUCAAUAGCAAAUACCUUGACCUCUUUCAGAGGCAACCUGCAGCUGUCCAUGCCUUGAUAGAUGAAACCCAAAACUGUGAUGAUAUUGCCAUGAAUUUUAUCAUUGCCAAACACACUGGGAAGACUUCAGGGGUAUUCGUGAAACCUGUAAACAUGGGCAAUCUAGAAAAAGAAACCAACGGGGGCUAUCCUGGAAUGUGGCAUCGAGCUGAGCACUUCCUGCAGAGAUCUUAUUGUAUAAAUAAGCUUGUUGAUAUCUAUGAUAGCAUGCCUUUAAAAUACUCCAACAUUAUGAUUUCUCAGUUUGGUUUUCCAUAUGCCAACCACAAAAGUAAAAUAUGAGAGUAAAACAAACAAAAUCAAACCUCAAAACUGCUUUGUAUUUGAGUAGCUUCUCUGCGCUACAAUUGGUGUGGGUUUUUUGUUUGUUUUUGUUUUUGUUUUUUUAAGCAACAUCAUGAACUUUUAUCCACUACAGAAGUCUCUACAAAGGAGAAAAUGUACAGUGCUUCUAGGACAUAAAAGUCACAUGAACUUCAAAAGCCAAGAAGCUGGUACUCUCUAGAUAGGUCUUCUUGUGAGGAGUUUUCAUCCGCAGAGAGAACUCCUUGGCCAGCGAUUUUAAUGUUUACAUUCUGAGACUUCUAGACUUCUACAAUUUCGUUGACUCAUGGCAUUUGCCUUAAGGACCUAUUGCAAGUUGUCUCCAGGAUCAGAAACUCCAGAGAAGCAUUUCUCAGCUUUUUCAUUAAAGGAUGAUUGUUUUCAUUUGAAGCCUGAGAUGCCUCGUUAGCAAAAGCCUGUGGUGUAGAGAAAAGCCAUGUGAGGCAAGGAUAAUCUCAAUCCCUUAUAAAAACAAGUAGAAAACUCAUGACUACCAUGCUUUCAUUGUGGUCUUUCCAGCACUAACUCGGCCUGGCAUGGUUUUGAUGCAUCAAUCACUGCUUUUAUUUUCAUUGAUAAGUCUGUUGUGACUGGAAGUGUUCAUUUUAGUAGCUGAAGGAUGUCUCAUUGAUCACUUGGUUUUUGUGAACAUUUAGUGCAUGGAUCACAGAAAAUUGCAGCCUGUGUUUCUCAUGUGCAACCUAUAUGCAGCAAGGAGUAAAUGUGUUACUAGAUUCAGGUAGUGCAUUUUGGCCCUGAAUCUGACCUUGAGAGUAUACAUUGAUUCUUAUAUUUUACAUAAACCAUGCAUUGUUGUUUAAGAAACUUCUAAAAUAAUCUUCUAAAAGAAUGCUUUAAUUUGGAACUGGCAAAAGUUAAAACCCUUGGUGUCAAGAGAUAUUUGUUGUUAGGGCAUAGGUUACCUCAUGGAUACUGAAGUUACGUGUAUUAUACACAAAGUUAAUUUCUUGUAUUCAGAGCUGCUGCUGCUGCUGCUUUUAAUUUCCCCCCAAAAAAGACUCGAGGCACCAUUCAUCAUGAUGAAAUUUUGAUUACAUGGAUACAGGAAAAAAAUAAGAGAACUGAAUCAUAGCAGAGGAAUUUUAUACAGAGUCUGCAUCAGUAAAUUGUUGAAUUGCUCACUCUGUUGCGUGAAUUAGUAUCUGUGUUCCACACAGUGUCCGUGUUUGGGUCCUUGUUCAUACUAGUAGCAAGGAAUAUUUAAUUAAGCUUCAUCACCUCCUCUUCUUCUUCCCCCUUCUUCUCCCAUAAUGUCAUUAUAUUCUCACAAUUGCAAAGCUGUGAAAACAUUGUUAUAAUCAUGGUUAAUGUUCCAACAAUGAAGUCUUUGUGCAAUCAGUUCAGUACAUGUUGUUUCUUUACCUUGGCAUGUGUAUGUGUCUUAAUGCAGUCAGAUAAAGCCAGUAGAACUCAGAACCUCACUAAAAAUCUAUAAUGUUCAUUAUCUGCUUUGGUCAACCUUGGUAGUGAUUUUUUUGCCUCUUGGGAUUCCACUGGCAGAUAAAUAAAAUCAACUUCUACCAUGAA